UAGACAAUAUAAGAAACGCUCGGUUACACUUCUAAUAUCCUUCACUGGUCUCCGUCUCUCCGUCCAGAGCAACGGGAUCUGUUGGUCCAGUUUAUAUACUGUCCAUAUCGUGUACCAACACCCGUCGGCGGCGGUUGGCGGGCAGCAACGAGCGAGAGAAGGUUGGAAGUUGAAGUGCCCGUUCCAAGUAGCAUGUGAUUCCAGGCAGCAGUUUGCUCCUGUGGUUGGGCUUUAGCCGGGACACUAAGGACACUAUCUUCACCUCAGCAGCUCUAUGCAGCUCUUUGUGUGCAGCAGCCGGGUCUCCUGGAAGCAUCUCCCUCUGCCUUCGCUGUAACCAGUAAGCUGAACAUGACAUCAGGCGCGGCCUCAGACUGAGAGGCAAACGGCUGUCUGAAGCAGCUGAUUCUCCUCCAGCUGAGGCAAAGGAUGAUGAUGAAGAAGACACAGAGGAGGAAGAGGAGGAACGAGAGAGCAAAAAAGAAGAGAAGAAUGAGGAGAGGGAAGAAGAAGGACAGGAUACCGAUGACUGUGAGGUUUGUCCAGAAACCCAACUGAGUGAUGGCGACAGGACGCAAGAUCUGAUGAUGGUGUCUGACGCUGGAGCAGAGUGUCAUUGAAGUCUCUCAGGAAGAGAACAAGGAGAGCAGAGGCGACUGCUGAAGAGACCAACGGACCCUCCAACACUUGCAUUAAUUACGAGAAAUGUUUCAUCUGUCAAAAAGCUGUUCCAAUGAAAGACUACAGCCAACACACCGAGUUCGGCCUCCAACGGCAGAAGUCAAAGACUGCAGCAAAGGGAAAUCUGCUGUCCGCUCUGGAGCAAACCGAGAGCAGAGGUCCAGAGGCCGGGCCGUCUGGAUCCAAACUCCAGCCAGGAGAGGUCAUUGUUCUGCGGGAUGAUGAUGAUGAUGAAGAUGAAGAGGAAGGCGGCGCUUCAACACUAAGGAUCAGUAACUCUCCCAUCAGGUCCUUCACUCCGAUCUCAGAGGCCAGCGGCUGCCUUAUCGACUUCAAGAAACAGCAUCGAGCCAAGACCCUGCGCCAAAGACGAAGAUGAGGACAACGUCCUGCAGACUGAAAUCCUGGAACCAGAGCCUUAACUAAAGACCCCGUCAGGUUGGAUGUGACAUUACCGUUAGAAAAGACUUGUUCUGAAACACCUUCCUGAUGUCACAUAUUUAUGCAGGUAAACAAUGACCAACUGAGCACUUGAAUGUUCAAAGGAAACCACAUUCUGACUCUUUUGUGCCACUAAAUAUUACGUUUGUUUCUGUUGAAGGUGUUUCAGACUACCUCUUUAUGUAUUGAACAUUUUCUUUUUUGUAACUUUAGUUUAAUGUCCGUCUAAUGUCUCAACCCUGUCUCAAGUGUAAAUCAAAUCCAUACAAACAUUUCACGGGCUCACUUGAAGUGUGAAAAGUGAAGUUGUUUGUAGCCGUGCUACCUGAGAGGCUACAGAACCGAUCCGCUGGUCCACAACUGGGGUCUGAAAUAUCUCAACAACUACUGGAUGGACUGCCAUUAAACUUUCAAUAACA